GCUUGGGACGUUACUAUGAACGUAGGGUCAGCCAGCGAUCUCAGGGGGACUCAAGAUACUGCCUCACCACCAGUUCACUUCAUUCAACAACCAGUUGCCCAACAGCCAGAGAUAACAAUUCUGCAGCAGAUGCCCUGGACUGCAUCUUCUCUUCCUCUGUCCAACAGAGGGGGCCAAAUCAGGGAAGAUUUAAUGGAGCUAAUGAUGAUUCAAAAUGCCCAGAUGCACCAGGUGAUAAUGAAUAACUUAGCCAUGUCAGCACUUGACUACUUUGGGCUCAGUUCAGCCCAACCUGCUGGCCAGGUGGCCCAUCUCCCUUGGGAAGUAGAAGAUGAUGAAGAUGAUGACUCAGAACCCCCAGUUUUCCAUCACCACUAUGCUCCCUAUCUCAACACCAUACCCUUCUCAGCAUGGCAGCCCCAGCCUCAGCCAUCAGCUUGGCAACAGCCGUCCAUUCGCCACGUGGGCCUAGAUCCUGAGCCAAUGGCAAGACACGAUGAACAAGUGGUCCCUCCACCCCCACCACCAAGUGCAACUGGAACUGUGACAGCUGAUGUGCCACCAGCAUCAGAAUACUACGACUUCACCCAGGGACGGUUGUGACAGCAGCUUCCCCCGCUCCAGCCCCUUUAUAAGGAAGUGGCACAUCUUCCAACCCAAUCAGGCUCCUGACCAAGCAGUUUGGUAUGACUGACACAUUGCUGCCUUAACUGGAUCAAGAUCUUCAGGAGUUGGCUGCCUGUGUGUGUCUUCAUGACGUAGACUGUUGGGAAUAUAAAUAGUUGAUGUUACAGAUCACCUUCUGUGAACCAGCUCCUCCACUGGCCAGAACUGGCUUUAUUUCCAGAUGUCCCAGGGUUAGGGAAGCAAACCCCUAGAUGUGGUCUGGUGUCCUCCUAAAACUACAGUUGAUCUCCAGACUAUAGAGAUUAUUUUCCCUGGAGAAAUUGGCAACUUUGGAGGGCAUACCAUAGAUUCAAGGUGAAAUUCCUCCCUGAACUAUAGGCACUGCCUACAAAUCUCCAGGAAGUUCCAAGGUCAGAAUUGGCAACCCUAUCCAGGCUACACUGCUUGGUCCUGGGUCAUUGUUUCUGAUCAUUCUGGACAGUAUCAAAACAUCUAGAUGUUUAUUAGUAGGUUGUCAUUUACUCUCUGGAUGAGGAAUAUCUCCUGCCCCCAGCUCCCGUUGCCUGCUGGCACUCUGGUGUCCAACAAAAGGGGAAAAAAUUAAAUCACCUUUGAAAUCACCAUUAGUGUGAUGAUGUUACAUUAUUUCUGCAGGAAACCUAGAAGUGAUAUCAUUGCAAUCUAGGAAUCAGUGGAAACACUGUGGGUUUACCAUAGAGUUUUCAAUGGUUCCUAGAGUGGCUUGAUGUCACUGCCAGGUUUUCCCUAGAAGUGGUAUAACACCAUUGCCUGAUGGUGCCCCCUAUGUCCCUGCCCCCCCCCAAACUCCCAACAGUUGCCAACUACUUCCUGGCAGCCAUAUUUCUUAGUUUGUUCAUUUAUAUGCCUCUUUUCAGCAAAAUGUACCAGAGGCAGCUUUUAACACUGUAAAAUCCUAUAAAAAUUAGUACUUUCAGAUAAUGCAGUUUAAAAACAAUAAAAUCAAGGAAGUGCAAGAGAUAUCCGUCAAAUCAUCUGCAAAGAUAAGCCCUGACUUGUCCUGAUCUGCUCUACAUUCAAUGGGUCAUACAACAUUUCUAUGAUCAGAAAUGCCCUGCCAACCUCCAGGUGGAACCUGGAGAUCUCCUGCAACUACAGAUAUCAGCUCCCAUGGAGAAAAUGGCAGUUCUAUGACAUUAUACCCCACUGAGGCCCCUCCUCUCACCAAACUCUGCCUUCCCCCAGCUCUUUCCCCAAAUCUCCAGGAAUUUCCAAACCAUAGAUGGCAAUCCUACCAGCCAGAAGGAAACAUAGGCACCUUAGCAGAUGCUCUUGCCUGUUAAGCCAUCCUAUAAAGAUAAACGCAGUGGCUGCCUCAGAUCUGGGCAGGGAAAGGUAAAUUCACUGUGCCAGCCCUGUUCAGUCUUUUACUUCUGCAGAAUGCUGUAGGUAACAUAAUGAGGAGUUAAUGUAGCAAAGUUUCUGAUCAGCAGAGGGCACCCAAAAUCCAGCAGGAAAUUUUUGAAAGGUUUUGUUUCUUUUAAACAGGGAUGAGCUAUUGGGAAACCUGGCUGCCAGAUCAACUUCCUCUGGC